GAUUCUUCGGAGCUCUGACUUCAGCUAUUUGCUUCUAUGGGAAAUUCUUCCCUCACCUGAGAACUUCUCCCACAACCUUUGUUACUGGAUCCAAGACCCAAGACCCGAGCCAUAGACCUGAAUUUAGCACCUACGGAUAUUUCGAACCUUCAAUAUGGCGACUGCAGACGAACUAAAAGCCCUUGGCAACAAGGCUAUCGCAGCGAAGAAUUUCGACGAGGCUAUUGACAAGUUCACCCAAGCCAUCGCCCUCCAGCCCGAGAACCACAUCCUUUACAGCAACCGAUCAGCUGCCUACGCCUCCAAGAAGGAGUGGGACAAUGCCUUCACGGAUGCCGAGAAGACCACAGAGCUAAAGCCAGAUUGGCCCAAGGGAUGGGGACGUAAGGGGACUGCACUGUACGGCAAGGGUGACUUGCUCGGAGCAAAUGAUGCCUACGAGGAGGGACUGAAGCUUGACCCAAACAAUGCGGGCAUGAAGAAUGAUCUUGCCUCGGUACAGAGAGCGAUGGAGCAAGAAGUCGGUGGAGGUAGCCCAUUCGGUGGCCCAUUCGGUGACGCUACCGGGGGCAUGGGGAAGAUGUUCAGCGAUCCCCAGCUGAUCCAGAAGCUCGCGGCAAACCCAAAGACCAGCGCUUACCUUGCCGAUCCUUCCUUCAUGGCGAAACUCCAGUCGAUCCAGCAGAACCCGAACAACACACAGGAGCUCUUUAGCGAUCCCCGCUUGAUUCAGGUCCUAGGGGUCAUGAUGGGCGUGGAUAUGGAUAUGGCCAUGCCCGAAGGUGGAGCUGCCCCCCCGGCGUCUGGAUCUAGGGCGGCAGAGCCAGAAGAUGAAGAGAUGCCUGACGUUCCCCCGCCAAAGAAAUACGGACAACCAAAGAAGGCGGCAGAGCCGGAGCCGGCGGCCGAAGAGAUCGACGAGGAGCAGCUUGAGAAGAAGAAGGCAAAGGAAGCCGCGGACAAGGAGAAGGCUCUCGGAACCGAGAACUACAAGAAGCGCAACUUCGACCAGGCAAUCAAGCACUACCAGGCCGCGUGGGACCUCCACAAGGAUAUCACAUACCUUAAUAACCUAGGGGCCGCGUACUUCGAGAAGGGCGACUUCCAAGCAUGUAUCGACACGUGCUCCAAGGCCGUCGAGGAGGGUCGGGCACUGUAUGCCGACUUCAAGGUCAUUGCCAAGUCUUACGCCCGCAUCGGCACUGCCUACGAGAAACAGGGCAAGCUUGCCGAGGCCAUCGACCAUUACAACAUGUCACUUCGCGAGCACCGAACGCCCGAAGUCGUUACUAAGGUCCGGGCAGCAGAGCGAAACAAGAUCGAGGGUGCCCGAAAGGCCUAUAUCGACCCGGAGAAGGCAGAGCAGGCUCGCGAGGAGGGCAAUAAGAAGUUCAAGGAGUCUGACUGGCCCGGUGCGGUGGAGGCCUACAGCGAGAUGAUCAAGCGGGCCCCAGAGGAUCCCCGCGGGUACAGCAACCGCGCCGCGGCGUUCAUCAAGCUCCUCGAGUUCCCCAGCGCGCAUGACGACUGCGACAGCGCGAUCAAGAAGGACCCCAAGUUCGUGCGUGCCUACAUCCGCAAGGCGCAAGCCUACUUCGGCAUGCGCGAGUACAGCAAGUGUCUUGAUGCGUGCACCGAGGCGGCGAACGUCGACAACGAGCACCACGGGGGCUCCAAUGCGCGGGAAAUCGAGCAGCAGCAGCAGAAGGCCAUGACGGCCAUGUAUUCCGCACGCGAGAACGAGACCGAAGAGCAGACUCGCGAGCGCCUAAUGCGCGAUCCAGAGAUCAUGAGCACCAUGCAGGACCCCGUCAUGCAGGCCAUCCUUCAGCAGGCGCAAUCCGAUCCGGCGGCGCUGGCGGAGCACAUGAAGAACCCUACUAUCCGGUCCAAGAUUCAGAAGCUCAUCGCUGCGGGCGUCAUCCGAGUCGGCCGGUGAGGGAGAGGGGAGAUUGCUAAGAUAGGAAAAUGGUAGCCAUCAGCGGUUUCCCGGAAGCAAGCAAACUCGGCAAGUCGAAUCGAUGGAGACCUUUGCCAUGCAGCGCUACUGCGAUCCCUGUAUUGCUAGGAUGACAUGGAGGAGACAGUGGUUGGAGGAAUGCACUCUUUCCGAUCGUAAUGGACCACACGAGAGAUGAUGCGGGAUGCGGGCGGGUUCUGUGUAUUUUACGUGCCAUAGGUUGAAAAUGAUUCCCUCAUA